GCGGUGCUUGGAGCCGCUAUACAACUGCACAGUGGACCAGAAUCGGUGUUCCGUGAGGCACCAAUGCGUGAAACAACCGUAGGCAUAGAAAAAAAGAAGCGUAACACCUGAUGGUUAAAAACAAAGCUAGACUAUUUCAAGGGCGAUACGUUAUGUAUGUAAAUAUUGGGGAUUCAAAGUGAAACUUUGUCAUUAUUAUAAGCGGAAAAAGUAGUUUAUUAUUUUUUAACCGGGACUGUUUGGAGUUGACAGUCUAUGUAUGACGAGACGAUUAUAGAUGACUUGUUUCCCCGUUCGAAAAACGUUUUAGUUUUUUUGGGAUACAUUACAGUGGAAGAACUCUAAUCACAUGCAAACAAGCGAUGGAAACAAAGACGUUUCAGGGCCGACGCUGCAAAAAAAGAGCUGCUUCUCUCUGCUUCCCUCACCUGACAGCUGGAUGUUCAGAGGGAAGAAGAGGAAACAGAUGAGGGAUGUGGACUCUCUCAGCCUGUGCAGUCUGGACAUCAACGAGCCCAGUAACAAGCGGGUGAAGCCCCUGUCCCGCGUCACCUCGCUGGCCAACCUCAUACCUCCAGUCAAGACUGCUCCUCUGAAGCGCAUAGGACAAACACUGCAGCGUUCCAUCAGCUUCCGCAGUGAGAGCCGGACGGAGACGCUCAUGCCUCCUCGACCAUGGACGCGGCCGGCCCCGCCUGCCAACACCAAGCGGCGAGACAGCAAGCUGUGGAGCGAGACCUUUGACGUGCGGCUCGGACACCAGAUGCUGUCCUCUAAGGAAAUCAAACGCCAGGAGGCCAUCUUUGAGCUUUCUCAGGGCGAGCGGGAUCUCAUUGAGGAUCUGAAGCUGGCCAAGAAGGCGUACCAUGACCCCAUGCUGAAGCUGUCCAUUAUGACAGAGCAUGAACUCACCCAGAUCUUCGGAACCCUGGACUCCCUGAUUCCGUUGCAUGAAGAUCUGCUGAGUCGAUUGCGAGAGGCCAGGAAACCAGACGGCUCUACAGAAACUGUGGGACACAUUCUAGUGGACUGGUUACCAUGUCUGGACUCCUACAACUCAUACUGCAGUAACCAGGUGGCAGCCAAAGCUCUGCUGGACCAUAAGAAGCAGGAUCACCGGGUGCAUGACUUCCUGCAGCGCUGCCUGGAGUCGCCCUUUAGCAGGAAGCUGGACCUGUGGAACUUCCUGGAUAUACCCAGGAGCCGUCUGGUCAAAUACCCUCUGCUGCUCAGGGAGAUCCUCAAACACACACCUAACGACCAUCCGGACCGUCAACACCUGGAUGAGGCAAUCAACAUGAUCCAGAGCAUCGUGGCUGAGAUCAACACCCAGACGGGUGAGUCUGAGUGUCGUUUCUACAAGGAGCGUCUCCUCUAUCUGGAAGACAGCCAGAGAGACCUGCUCAUUGACAGCUCCCGCAUCCUCAGCUGUCACGGGGAACUGAAGAACAACAGGGGCGCUAAGCUGCAUGUGUUCCUGUUCCAGGACGUGCUGGUCAUAACCAGGGCCAUCACCCACAGCGAGCAGCUGCACUACCAGCUGUACCGCCAGCCCAUCCCAGUCAGAGAGCUGCAGUGGGAGGACCUGCAGGACGGGGAGAUCCGUCUGGGGGGCUCCAUCAGAGGGGCCUUCAGCAACAACGAGAGGACCAAAAACUUCUUCAGAGUGUCGUUUUAUAGUGGCGGCCAGCUCCAGUCCCACUCGUUCCAAGCCAGCGAUGCCUUCAACAAACAGCAGUGGCUCAACUGCAUCCGCCAGGCCAAAGGAGCCGCUGAGUCGGCCGUGGGGGUGGGGAUUCCUGUCGGGGUGGGAACCAGUAGCAGUGACCCAGACCCCCGUCCAAGCCUACUCAGCCCCCAGAGACCUCUGAGUCCUACAACACCUCCCCUCUCAAGAGCACUGUCCCCCCAGCCAGAGAGCAUGGACCACAAUGACAGUGACUCGUCUGUAGACUCUCCAGAUUGUAGCAUGGACAUGGACACGGCCGAGGCUUCUAACUCCACCACAGGCUGGCCUGGCUCUGCCCAGAUGGACCAAACAGACUCUAGUAGCAGCAGCAGGCCAGCAGAAGUGUGACCAUUGGGGUGUCAAGGCUACACCUGGGCAGUAUUGGUGGUAACCUGGCGAUGUUCUUUAUAUGCGGGAGGGAGGCAACACAGUGGGUGGAUAUUGUAGAGCACUUCUUUUCUCUACCCCUUUUUUUCAUUUGUUGUUUUUCUCUUAACUUUCUUUCUAUGAGACAGUGGUGUAGUCUAGAGCAGUGGUAUCCAUGUGUCUUAGCUGUGACUGGCAGGUCUACUAUGGAGGUCUACAUGGAGAGGAAGGCAGCCAUGACUGGGACCUCAGGACAGUAUUGUUGUUGUUGCUCCUGCUCUGACUCUUGACCUCUGCUGUGGGCGGAGUUCUCCUACCCUACAGACAGGCUCCUCUCAUCACCUUCUCACCACAAUUAGAUACACUGCCAUCACCUCUUAUCCCACUGCACUACUACUGUGGUCUCCCAGAGCAAAGAGAAUACAUGGAUGAUAUUCUUUUUAUAUAUAUAGAAUAUAUUGUAUGUAGGAAUCUAGAGAACCUGUUGCGUUUGCAAUAAUUGACCCAGUCAAAAUGACCAGAAGAAUGUUUUCAAAGACAAUCAAUAUGAUGAUAUGUUGUUGUUGUUGUUGUUGUUAGGACUUGACAUGGAGUUUAUUUUGUUAAGGAUGGGUUACAACAGUGUUAAUGGGGCAUAGUUGUUUGCUACAGAUUCUUCCCACAUCUUGGCCAGAACUAUGAUGUUCCAGAACUAGGGAGUUCCAGAACUAUGGCGUUCCAGAACUAGGGAGUUCCAGAACUAUGGUGUUCCAGAACUAUGGCGCUCCAGAACUAUGGUGUUCCAGAACUAUGGCGUUCCAGAACUAUGGUGUUCCAGAUCUAGGGCGUUCCAGAACUAUGGUGUUCCAGAUCUAGGGCGUUCCAGAACUAUGGCGUUCCAGAACUAUGGCGAUCCAGAACUAUAGUGUUCCAGAUCUAUGGUGUUCCAGAUCUAUGGCAUUCCAGAUCUAUGGCGUUCCAGAUCUAGGGCGUUCCAGAACUAUGGUGUUCCAGAUCUAGGGCAUUCCAGAACUAUGGCGUUCCAGAACUAUGGUGUUCCAGAUCUAUGGCGUUCCAGAUCUAUGGCGUUCCAGAUCUAGGGCGUUCCAGAUCUAUGGCGUUCCAGAUCUAUGGCGUUCCAGAUCUAUGGCGUUCCAGAACUAUGGUGUUCCAGAUCUAUGGCGUUCCAGAUCUAUGGCGUUCCAGAUCUAUGGCGUUCCAGAUCUAUGGCGUUCCAGAUCUAUGGCGUUCCAGAUCUAUGGCGUUCCAGAUCUAUGGUGUUCCAGAUCUAGGGCGUUCCAGAUCUAUGGCGUUCCAGAUCUAUGGCGUUCCAGAUCUAGGGCGUUCCAGAUCUAGGGCGUUCCAGAUCUAGGGCGUUCCAGAGGUCAGCAAUUGGCAUCUAGAACUGGCCUCUUGGUCAUGUAACCUAGUAUAAACACAUCACUCAGAGGGGCGAGCUGUUAUUAUUGGUGGCUCAAGCUGGUUUGAUUAAUUGGGUGUUUAUUUUUUAUAUCCUGUCUAAAGUUAAAUUCUGCAUUGGUGGGAAAGGGCUCAUAAGUGAGCAGUCACUGUAGUCUACACCUGUUGUAUUCUGCGCAUGUGACCAUUUUUUUUACUUUAAAUUAAUAUGAGUUUAAAAAAAAUGAUAGGACCACCUAUUUCUCCACAAGAAGGAAGUGGGAACAGAAGCAUUUUACAGCAAGUAAACAGCCCUUCCUGGAGGAAGCAAGAUUCUCCGUGGUGUUAAGAGUCAAUGUCUUACACAGAAGCUUUGUAUUAAAAACAGUAUUCAAUUCAUUACUUUUAGUGUGUUUUAGUAGUGUCAGGUUUUUAUCACCCACAAAGUUCUUUACUCACUGGUAAUUUUUGUAAAAAGCGAUGCUGAGACGUUUGUAUGGUUUAAAGAAGUAGUUGCAUGUGUCAUAGCUAAACUCAGACCAGUCCUCUGUCACUGGGUGCUCUCUGUGUUGAACUGAUAAACUAGGACUGAUAAAUCAUUGGCAAAAAUGUGUACGUGUCGGGUAAUUAUAAUCUUGUGCAAGUUUACUUGUGGGGCCUCAUGUUCUCUUUCAUUUGAAUAGAAUGUCAUGUGUUAAAAAAGGAAUCCGUUUGACCAAGUAAUUACUAAAAGAAAUAUCCAAAAUACAGUAUAUUCUUUUAUUGUUUUGUUUUUUAAAGAAAUGUAUUGAAAUGUAUUCUUUAGGAUGUCUAUUUAUAGUAAUUUUUUCUAUGAAUUAAUGUUAUAUGCUUUUGUUUGGUUCAUGCUGGAGACUAGAGGUGAGAUUAUGGUUGUACAGGGAGAUAUGGGACUGGAAAGGGCCUAAAGAACAAGACUGGAAAAGAAGGGUUUCAGAACUAGCUACUUAUGUGGCUGUAGGCUAUGUAAACCUUCAGACACAUGGACUUGAAAGGAAAAGAGACUAUAUUGACAUAUGAUAUAUGUACUGACUGAAAAAGAUUGACAUGAACAUGUAUAACCUAAUGGAAUUUAGACUGUACCAAAUAAAAGAUAUGAACCAAA